UGCCGUUUGGGGGAGGUGUCUCUCCCGACGUGGCAGCGCCUGCCAAAAAGCUCAGGAUUUCUAGAAAGUGCAAAAGAGCUCAAGCUGGGAGCCCGAGAGGUACGCAAGGCUGGUUUUUAUCCAAAAUAAAUAAGAUGAAGAGGAAAGGUGUAUUAGUCUUUCUUACUUUUCAGUUCUGUUGCACAUGGUUUGCAGAUGCUGAGGUCUUCACCUCAAUAGGUCAGAUGACUGACUUGAUCUUCACAGAAAAGGAACUUGUUCAUUCUUUAAAAGAAUACAUUCGAGCUGAAGAAUCUAAAUUAGAGAAAAUCAAAAGUUGGGCAAGCAGGUUAGAUGUUCUGACACGCUCUUCCACUUCAGAUCCAGAAGGAUUCUUAGCUCAUCCUGUAAAUGCAUACAAAUUAGUGAAGCGUCUCAACAAUGAAUGGGCAGAGCUGGAGAAUUUGGUUUUGCAGAACCCUUCUGAUGGGUUUAUAUCUAAUAUAUCCUUGCAACGACAAUUUUUUCCCGAUGAUGAGGAUGAAAAAGGAGCAGCCAAGGCUCUGAUGCGACUUCAAGAUACUUACCGCCUGGAUCCAGAGAAAAUCUCUAAAGGCCAGCUACCAGGUGUGAAGUUCAGUGCUGUUCUCACAGUCAAUGACUGUUUUGACAUGGGAAAAACGGCUUAUGGAGAGGAAGAUUAUUAUCACAGUGUGCUUUGGAUGCAACAGGCUCUCAGACAGAUUGAUGAAGGCGAGAAGUCCUCAGUCUCUAAAUCUGACAUACUUGAUUACCUCAGCUACUCUGUUUACCAGAUGGGUGACCUGGCACGGGCAUUAGAACUGACGAGGCGCUUGGUUGCAGUUGAUCCCACACACCAGAGAGCUGGUAAAAACCUGAGAUAUUUUGAGAGACUUCUGGCAAGGCAAAUGGGACAGGUAGCUAAAACCGAGCAACCUCCUGUGACAGAGGCACCCAUUGAUGUGGGGACGUAUACUAGGCCUGCUGACUACCUACCAGAAAGAGACACAUAUGAAGCGCUGUGCAGAGGCGAGGGAGUGAAAAUGACUGAAAAGAGACGCAAGAAUCUUUUCUGCAGGUAUCACAAUGGUAACAAAAACCCCAGACUGAUCCUGUCUCCAAUUAAAGAGGAAGAUGAGUGGGACAAUCCUCAUAUUGUCCGAUACCUGGACAUGUUGUCAGACAAGGAGAUUGAAAAAAUUAAGGAGAUAGCUAAACCCAAGUUGGCACGAGCAACAGUACGAGACCCUGUUUCCGGUGUGCUUACUGUGGCUAAUUACAGAGUAUCCAAGAGUGCCUGGCUAGAGGAAGAAGAUGACCCCGUGAUUGCCCGUGUGAACCAAAGAAUGGAGGAUAUAACAGGUCUGGCAGUGGAAACUGCAGAGCUUCUUCAGGUUGCUAACUAUGGAGUAGGUGGUCAGUAUGAGCCUCAUUUUGAUUUUUCCAGGAAAGAUGAACCUGAUGCUUUCAAAAGAUUAGGCACUGGAAAUCGCGUGGCUACUUAUUUAAAUUAUAUGAGUGACGUUGAAGCUGGAGGUGCCACAGUAUUUCCAGACUUUGGUGCAGCCAUCUGGCCUAGAAAGGGGACAUCAGUAUUUUGGUAUAAUCUGUUCAGUAGCGGAGAAGGAGACUACCGAACAAGGCACGCAGCCUGCCCCGUGUUAGUAGGAAGCAAAUGGGUUUCAAAUAAAUGGUUCCAUGAGCGAGGGCAAGAAUUCAGAAGACCCUGUGGACUGACUGAGGUUGACUGAAAGUUAUUUGUGAACUUCAGUGUGCAUUUUACUAGAAAGGUGUUGAAAACAACAACGACAUUAACAAGACCCGGAGCAGCUCUGGAAUACUUUUUUAAUCCAGUGUCAACUGAUUGAAUUUUCCCUUUCAUUUCUGGAUUUUUGCUCUUUGAACAACUUUUAAAUGUUUUUCAUUUUUUUCACUCCCAAA